CCUGCCAUGGCCGCCCCCAGCACCGCGCUCCUCUUCCUCCUACUGGCGGCCGCCGCCGCGUCGGCGGCGGAGCAGCAGCUGGCGUGGUGGCAGUCCGGCGUCGUCUACCAGAUCUACCCCAAGUCCUUCAAGGACAGCGAUGGCGACGGAGUCGGCGACCUCAACGGUAUCAUCGAGAAGCUCGAAUACCUCAAGGACCUCGGCGUGGCAGCGAUAUGGCUGUCCCCUAUCUACAAAUCGCCCAUGGCGGACAACGGCUACGACAUCGCAGAUUUCAGAGAGAUAGACCCAAUGUUCGGCACUAUGGAAGACUUUGACAGAUUACUGGCUGAGGCUCACAGCAGAGGUAUCCUAGUGAUUCUAGACUUCGUUCCGAACCACACCAGUGACGAGCACGAGUGGUUCGUAGCUUCGAGCGAUCCAACACACGAGAACCACGAAGUCUACAGAGACUAUUACGUGUGGCUUGAUGGCAAGGGCAACGGAUCGUUGCCAAAUAACUGGAAAAAUAUGUUCGACGAGGGAAGCGCUUGGAAGUGGAGCCCGACGAGAGAGAUGUACUACUUGCACCAGUUCCACGAGAAGCAGCCAGAUCUGGACUACAGGAACCCAAAUGUCCUCAGCGCCAUGCAGGAGGAGAUGAAGUUCUGGCUGGACAAGGGGGUGGACGGUUUCCGCAUGGACGCUGUGAUGUGUCUGGUGGAGGCUGAGGGUUUUCCUGACGCCGUGGAGGGCCAACCUACACCCAUGCAGCACCAGGACGAGACGUACGUCGUCAUACAAGAAUUCAGGAAACUCAUGGACAAUUACAGAAACACGGUGAUGAUGACUGAAGCGUACGGCACUGUGGAGCAGGUUGUGGGUUACUAUGGCAACGCCACAAAUCCUGGCGCGCACUUCUCCUUCAACUUCCUGCUCAUCACCGACCUCAACAGCACAUCCACUGCAGAAGACUUUGUCAACGUCAUCGGAAACUGGAUCGACGUGAUCAACACACGGGAACUCUGGUCCAACUGGGUGAUCGGCAACCACGACCAGCACCGCGUGGCCAGCCGGUACAGCCCAGAGCUGGUGGACGGAAUGAACAUGCUGGUGACACUGCUGCCGGGAACCGCCGUCACCUACAAUGGAGAGGAGAUCGGCAUGGAGGACAACUACAACAUCACGUGCGAGGUGGCCCACGACCCUCAAGGCUGCCACGAUGGCGUCACUCUCGGGAACUCCAGAGACCCAGAGAGGACGCCCUUCCAGUGGGAUAACACUGCAAACGCUGGCUUCAGCAACACCACUGACGCGACUUGGCUGCCCGUCAACGAGAACUACGAGACUCUGAACGCCGCGGCCCAGGAGGCGGACGACCGCAGCCACCUCAAGACGUACCGCCAGCUGGUGCAGCUGCGCGCCGACCCAGCCGUCCAGACCGGCGACACAAAGGUCAACAGCUCAGGCAACGUGCUUGCCUUCUACAGGUCAGUGAACGACAUGGCAUCUGUAGUUGUGCUGGUGAAUGUGGGAACUGAGGAGGAAACCGUGGACUUGGUAGACACGCUGCCUAUCGUUACCGAGGAAGACGUGCUGGAAGUGUACGCCAGAAGCCUUGAGUCCCUAAAGGAAGAAGGGGAGGUGCUGGAGGCGAGGGAAGUGACGCUGUCGGGGCAGGAGGCGGUGGUGCUGCGCCGCAAGCAAGAGCAGACUGCCGCCGCCUCCAGACCUCUGUCUGCAGCGGCGGUGCUGCUCACCAUCGCGGCUCUGAUGUGGGCUGGUGGGGUCAACCGGUUUUGUAUCACUGGCCCGCGUCAACAAGCCGCCAUUCGUCGCUUCGUUGCGAGAUACCGAGGAAGGGGAGCAAACGCGGCUGUCCUGACUGAACAAUACGCUAUGAGGAUGUCUCAUCUCUCUCUGAUCGCAGUUCUGCUGGCUGUUACCAGUCCAGUGCUGUGUCUCGAGUGGUGGAAAACUGCAAUAAUCUAUCAGAUAUACCCCAAGUCUUUCAAGGAUUCUGAUGGCGAUGGCGUCGGCGACCUUUGUGGUAUAAUCGAGAAACUGGACUACCUGAGAGAUCUUGGAGUGUCAGCGAUAUGGAUGUCUCCUAUCUUCAGGUCGCCGAUGGCUGACAAUGGUUACGACAUCUCAGAUUUCAGGGACAUCGAUCCUACUUUUGGAACCAUGGCUGACUUCGAUGAACUUCUGGCAACAGCACACAACAAAAACAUCAGAGUAAUACUCGACUUCGUGCCCAACCACAGCAGCGAUGAACACGAAUGGUUCAUUGCUUCCAGUGACCCUACGCACGAAAACUACACGAAGUAUAAGGACUACUACGUAUGGCUGAAUGGGACGUACGGUACGCCGCCAAACCACUGGGUGAGUUCAGAACAGAGUUUACCCUCUGCCUGGGAGUGGAUCGAGGCCCGCCAGCAGUACUACCUGCACCAGUUCCUCCACAAGCAGCCCGACCUCAACUACAGGAACCCCGUCGUUCUCGAGGAGAUGAAGAAUGUUUUGAGGUUCUGGUUGGAUAAAGGAGUUGAUGGUUUUCGUAUGGAUGCCGUUAGCUGCAUUGUGGAAGCAGAAGGCUUCCCAGAUUUUGUAGACGGCCAACCUAACCCCAUGCAGCAUCAACCGGAAACAUACGCAGUAAUCGAGGAAUUCCGCACCGUGUUGGACGAAUACCAAGAAAAGGUGAUGAUGACGGAGGCGUACGGAUCGCUGGACCAGGUGCUGGGUUACUACGGCAACGCCACCAACCCUGGCGCGCAUUUCUCCUUCAACUUCCUGCUCAUCACCGACCUCAACGGUGACUCCAGCGCAGAGGACUUCGUCCGCAUCGUCGGCGACUGGAUCAACGUCGUCAAUGAAAACGGAGUUUGGUCCAACUGGGUGAUCGGCAACCACGACCAGCACCGCGUGGCCAGCCGGUACAGCCCAGAGCUGGUGGACGGAAUGAACAUGCUGGUGACACUGCUGCCGGGAACCGCCGUCACCUACAACGGAGAAGAGAUCGGCAUGGAGGACAACUACAACAUGACGUGCGAGGUGGCUCAGGACCCACAAGGCUGCGCAGAUAACGUCACUCUGGGAAGUUCCAGGGACCCACAGAGGACGCCGUUCCAGUGGGACGACUCCAAGAAUGCAGGCUUCAGCACGGCGGACGUGACGUGGCUGCCUGUAAACCCCAACUACCCGACACUGAACGCCGCACUCCAGGACUCGGUGGACGGCCGCAGCCACAUCAAGACGUACCGCCUGCUGGCCCAGCUGCGGCUGGACGAGUCCCUCCAUAACAGCAACGCCACCGUCACCAGCACGGGAAGCGUCUUCCUCUUCAGCAGGGGGCAGACGCAGAACGACGCUACAGUUGUGGCGAUGAACGUGGGGUCUGAGGAAGAGACGGUGGACAUCAUUGCCUCUCUGCCGAACGUCGACCUACCUACAACUCUCGUGGUGUACGCGUCCAGUGUAAACAGCGAAUUGGAUGAAGGGAUGUCGCAUCUCUCGCUGAUCGUAGUUGUGCUCGCUGUCGCCUGCCCAGUGCUGUGUCUCGAAUGGUGGAAGACCGCAAUAAUCUACCAGAUAUACCCCAAGUCUUUCAAGGAUUCUGAUGGCGAUGGUAUCGGCGACCUUCGUGGUAUAAUCGAGAAACUGGACUACCUGAAUGAUCUUGGAGUGUCGGCGAUAUGGAUAUCUCCUAUCUUCAGGUCGCCGAUGGCUGACAACGGCUACGACGUCUCGGAUUACCGGGACAUCGAUCCAAUUUUCGGAACUAUGGAUGACUUCGACGAACUUCUGGAAACAGCGCACAGUAAAGGCAUCAGAGUACUCCUCGACUAUGUGCCCAACCAUACUAGCGAUGAGCACGAAUGGUUUAUCGCUUCCAGCGACCCUACGCACGAAAACUUCACGAGGUAUAAGGACUACUACGUAUGGGUGAACGGGACUGCAGAUUCGCUGCCAAAUAACUGGCCCGGUGGUUUCAACGAGCCUUCUGCAUGGCAGUGGAACGAGGCCCGCCAGCAGUACUACCUGCACCAGUUUCAUUACAAGCAACCCGACCUCAACUACAGGAACCCUGUCGUUUUGGAGGAGAUGAAGAAUGUUUUGAGGUUCUGGUUGGAUAAAGGAGUGGAUGGCUUUCGUAUGGAUGCCGUUAUCUGCCUUGUGGAAGCGGAAGGUUUCCCAAAUAUUACAAACGGCGAACCUAACCCCAUGUUGCAUCAACCGGAAACAUACGUAGUGGUCGAGGAAUUCCGCACAGUGCUGGACGAGUACGAAGAAAAGGUGAUGGUGACGGAAGCGGGAGGAACGCUGGAUGAGGUGCUGGGUUACUAUGGCAACGCCACCAACCCCGGUGCGCACUUGUCCUUCAACUUCCUGCUUAUCACCGACCUCAACGGUCGCUCCACAGCAGAGGAGUUCGUCCGCGUCGUCAGUGAAUGGAACGAUAUUGCCAAUGAACGUGGUAUCUGGUCCAACUGGGUGCUUGGCAACCACGACCAGCACCGCGUGGCCAACCGCUACAGCCCAGAGCUGGUGGACGGGAUGAACAUGCUGGUGACACUGCUGCCGGGAACCGCCGUCACCUACAACGGAGAAGAGAUCGGCAUGGAGGACAACUACAACAUGACGUGCGAGGUGGCUCAGGACCCACAGGGCUGCGCAGAUAACGUCACACUGGGAAAUUCGAGGGACCCAGAGAGGACGCCAUUCCAGUGGGAUGACUCUAAGAAUGCAGGCUUCAGCACGGCGGACGAGACAUGGCUGCCCGUCAAUCCCAACUACCUGACUCUGAACGCGGCGCGGCAGAAAUCCGCGGCUGGCCGCAGCCACCUCAAGACGUACCGCCUGCUGGCACAACUACGGCGGGACGAUGAGUCCAUCCACAACAGAAAUGUCUCCGUCGCCAGCACCGGCAGUGUCUUCCUUUUCAGCAGGUACGUAGGCCCAGGUGGCAGUAGGUCUCACUAG